AUGGUGAAAGAAGUAGAUGAAGUCUUGCGCCAACUCGAGACGAAAUCUAGUUUGAUAGUGGAGGCAGGGAGAUUUGAUCCCCAGCAGAAAGAACGCAUUGAUGAAGCUUGUCAACUAAUAAGAGAUGGCGGGCCCAGGGCGGGAUCCCCGGCCUUCAGGAAGAAAACGGUCUACACACAAUUUCUGCAGCUAGUGCUUGAAGCUGUCGGAUCAAAUGGCGUCAUACUUUGUGCGGCUGGGCUAGGGGCCACCUACAUCGAGGCGAUGGGGAAACAGGCUCGUAGCGCCGUUCCGGAUAGACUGCAAGACAAGCUGUCCAAAGAGUUCGUUCAAGUCGCGUCGAAACAUCAAGUCGCCUUGAAUGCCAGCCCAAUAGUCCCAUCUAAUCAGCAGCCUUUCUCUGUGGACGGAAGACAACCGCCCUCGACGCUGUACGACCCAUUGGACAAUUUAAGGUCCUACCAGGAAAAUCGGUCGCUCUUUUGGGAUGACUUGCCGAUGUGUUUGGAAAAUCGCGCAGAGGGAAGCCCAAUGUUGUUCUAUACUUAUUGGGAUACCCCGGCAUAUGUGGCAUUUCCUAUCAGUUGGAAUGCUGAGAUGCACCUUCUCGCAAGAAAUCACUGA